CCCAGUCUACUAAAACUCUCUGAGCAACGCGUACAUCAAGUCGCUCGGUCUGCGGGCUCUCGUGUAGAAGUGUGGAAUAAAAAAGAAAUAAUUUAGAAAUAAAGUUUUCAUUGUGUUUCUCAUGCGUGCGUGUGUGUAAAAAAGAGCGAGCGAGCGAGAGAAAACAUGGCGAGUGUUUUAAUAACGCAAAUUCGAUUGCACUUUCUAUAAUUCCCAACAAAUUAUAUUUCUGUUCGUAAUGCGGUCCAAGUGUUUGCGCUCAAUGUGAAUGCUUGUUUUUUCUCACAAUAUUUCCUUCCUUUUCUUCGCGCCAGUCAACAAAAAAAUUAAUGAAAAAUUCUCUUCUUAUUCAACACAAAUUGUCCACACAAAUAAAACAAAAAAUUUCAUUUGUAUAUACUAAAGUCUACAAUCCCGAUGUUACACAAGGCCCGGACCAAUCAGAAAUUUGGUCAAGCAAAACGUAAUAUUUUUGUACAGCAAAUAAAAUCGGGAGAAGGCGAAUUGGAAAAGUCAACAAAUGCAAGAGAAAUAAGAUAAAGAGCUUGCAAACGAGCCGAGAGCUUAACAGAGAGAGAGUUAGAGUGUAAAAUAUAUAGAGGUAGACCGAGAGAGAGAGAGAGAGAGAGAGCAGAAUAGAGAGAGUAGUAGAGAGAGAGAUAGAGAGCACCAGAGGAUCGUUUUAUCAAUUCGCAUGCGCCAAUGAAAACGUCGCAUCCUUCACACGCGUCCGAUUUCGUCAUCGACUACGCCGUCGUUGCCGGUUCCGGUUCCGGUUCAGCUGCAACAGAACAAGAGCACAUUUACAGGCCACGUCUCAGCACCUAUGCAGCAUCAGCAGCAUCUGCAGCAGCGCCACCAGCACCAGUAGCCCCUGCGCAUGGGCUGGACGUAAAGCCAACCGUCGAACAGAUCAGCAUCGGCAUCAGCUGCGAUCUGAAGCCCAUUGUCUAUCUCGACGCGGAGACACGGCAGCCGCGACAGCGCAGCGUCAUCAUCAAGCAGCACUCACAGCAUAAUCAACACCAGCAACAAGCUCAUCAUCAUCAGCAGCAGCAGCAACAUCAUUAUCAACAGCAGCAGCAGCAGCAGCAGAAAACGUUGUCCAAGUCAACAGCAGCGGUCAACAGCAAGCGAAAGCGCGAAACAGAUUGCGAUUGCGGCUGCGUGGACUCGUACAACAGCAGCAGCGUUGACCACAACAGCAGCAGCAGCAGCAGCGGCGGCAGCGGCGGCGGUGUCAACGGUAACGGCAACGGCAACAGCGGUGGCAGCAGCAGCCUCAAGACGGCGCACGCAAAGGUUGCCACAUCGGGGGGGCAUGCCAACACGCAGCCCCCCAGCAAGCGCUCCAGCAGCGGCGCCGAUGGCGACUAUCAACUGGUGCAGCACGAGGUGCUCUACUCGCUGUCAGCGGAGUAUGAGGUCCUGGAGUUUCUGGGCCGCGGCACCUUUGGCCAGGUGGUCAAGUGCUGGAAGCGCGGCACUUCCGAAAUCGUUGCUAUCAAAAUCUUAAAGAAUCAUCCGUCGUACGCGCGUCAGGGCCAGAUCGAGGUCUCGAUACUGUCGCGCCUCAGCCAGGAGAACGCGGAUGAGUUCAACUUUGUGCGCGCCUUCGAGUGCUUUCAGCAUAAGAACCACACCUGCCUGGUCUUCGAGAUGCUCGAGCAGAAUCUCUACGAUUUUCUCAAGCAGAACAAGUUCUCUCCGCUGCCGUUGAAGUACAUACGACCCAUACUGGAGCAGGUGUUGACUGCCCUGUUGAAGCUGAAGCAAUUGGGCCUGAUUCACGCCGAUUUGAAGCCGGAGAACAUAAUGCUUGUGGAUCCAGUGCGUCAGCCGUAUCGCGUAAAGGUCAUUGACUUUGGGAGCGCCUCGCAUGUGAGCAAGACCGUCUGCAACACGUAUUUGCAGUCGCGCUAUUAUCGGGCGCCAGAGAUUAUCUUGGGCCUGCCGUUCUGCGAGGCCAUCGAUAUGUGGUCGCUGGGCUGCGUGGUGGCCGAGCUCUUCCUGGGCUGGCCUCUGUAUCCGGGCAGCUCUGAGUUUGACCAGAUCCGCUAUAUAUCGCAAACACAGGGCCUGCCCACGGAGCACAUGCUGAACAGCGCCUCGAAGACAUCGAAGUUCUUCUAUCGGGACGUCGACUCCACGUAUCCGUUCUGGCGCUUGAAGACCACCGAGGAGCACGAGGCGGAGACGAACACGAAGAGCAAGGAGGCGCGCAAAUACAUUUUCAACUGCCUGGACGACAUCGGGCAGGUGAACGUGCCCACGGACCUGGAGGGCGGCCAGCUGCUGGCCGAGAAGACGGACCGGCGUGAGUUCAUAGAUCUGCUGAAGCGCAUGCUCACCAUUGACCAGGAGCGACGCCUCACACCGGCGGAGGCGCUGAACCACAGCUUCACGCGGCUCACCCACCUGGUCGACUACGUCUACUGCAACAAUGUGAAGGCCUCGGUGCAAAUGAUGGAGGUGUGCCGGCGAGGCGAUUUCCAUACCGUACAACCUGCGCCCACGCUGGUGACCAACUUUGUGCCCAGCAGCACGGAGAACAUGACCUUCACGAUCAACAACCAGCUGACGAGCCAGGUGCAGCGCCUUGUGCGCGAUGGCCGCCCGCUGGCCUACGAGGGCCUCUACCAGAUCUAUGGCGGCCGCAACGUGGCCCGGCAGUACCCGCAGGCGCGCACCGAUACGUUCCAGCAUCAGCUGGUGUCGAACAUACUCUGUCCGCCCUCGUACCAGGCCAUGCCCAGUCCCACCAAGCACGUCGUUGUGGGCAGCGCCACGAUGCAGCCGCCGCUGCAGGUGCCGCCGCAGCAGUAUGUGAACGUGCCCGUGCCCGUGUCGAUGGUGGAGCCCAGCUCUGGGCAGCGCAUGCUGCUCACCAACCGGGUGCAGGCCAGUGGCGUUGCCUGGCCGCAAACCGGGCGCCAGAUGGCGCUGGUGCCCUCCUGGCCGCAGCAGGCGCCGGCGCAUUCGCUGAUCGUCGACUCGACGUCGCUCUUCAAUGUGGAGGAGAUCUAUCCCAAGCACCAUCUCAACUUGCCGCGCAACGAUCUCAAGAAGGAGUCGCCGGCUCAUCAUCUAGCCAAGGGCAGCUCGUAUCGUGUGCCGCGUCACGAGAAGAAGGAGCAUCAGCAGCUGUCGCCAGUGAAGAAGCGCGUCAAGGAGAGCUCGCCGCCGCAUCAGCAGCGCUACCAGCGCGCCGCCCACGUUUCGCCGCAGUACCACGCCCACCACAACUGCAACUAUGGCGGCGGGGGAGGAGGCUAUGGCGCAGGCGCCGCUGGCACCGUCGCCGCCAGCUCCGCCUCAUCAGCGAGCAAUAUCAUCAAUGCCAGUGGCAGCAGCUCGUCGAGCUCGCAUCACCACGCGCCGGCGGCCCACGCCCCGCACGGCAGCAGCAGCAGCAGCAGCGCCUACAACAGCGCCGGCCACCACAUUGUGGUGAGCAAUUGCAGUGGCAAUGGCGGUGGCUCGGCUGCCAGCUACCACGGCAGCAGCCAGCCGCCGCUGCACGCGCACCAGCAGCCGCACGUGAAGCAGCCCACCAUCACCAUCCACGACACGCCCUCGCCGACAGCCGUCGUGGGCGACGUGAUCACCAUAUCUGACAGCGAGGACGAGGGCGCCGAUGCAGCUGUGCAGCCCGUCAAGCAGCGCGCGCAUGCGCAGUCGCAGACGAGCAGCAGCCUGAUGCAGCAGCAGCAGCAGCAGCAGCAACAUCCGCAUCAGCAUCAGCAGCAGCAGCAUCAAGUUACCGUAGGUGAUCACGAUCCGGAGGAUGCGCGUCGACGUCACCACGCGGCAGCCGCCGCCGCUCUCUCCCAGCAGCAACAUCACCAUCACCACCAACAACAGCAGCAGCAGCAGCAGCCGCCACCGCCACCGCAGCAGCAGCAGCAGGUGCAGGUGCAGUCGUCUCAGCAGACGCCACACUAUCAGCCACCGCCGCCUCAAGCCCAGCCACAGCUACAGUCGCAGCCCAGCAUCAAGUACGAGCCGGGACAGUCGCAAAAGAAGCGCAUUCUGGCCAUGGCUCAGAGCGAGUGCAACUAUCAGCCGCAGCCGCCGCCGCAGGUGCAGAUACAAGUGCAACAGCAACAGCAGCAGCAGCAGCAGCAACAACAGCAGCAGCAGCAGCCGCCGCCUGUGGCCAGCCUGCCGCAUAUUCCAACCAAGCAGGAGCCAGCCGAGUUCUAUCCGGACUACCCGCCGCAGCAACCGCAGCAGCUGCAGCUGGAGACGAAGCGCAGCUCUUGGGCAGCUGGCUCGAGUACGGCAGCCAUGCCCCUGGCACAUCCGAAGCGCGAGGCACCGUCUGUGGCGCCCGUCAGCUAUGCGGCGCCCACUGUCGCCCCACCGCUGGCCCACUCGAAGAGCAGCUCGAGCAGCUCCUCGUCGAUCAGCGCUGCGGCUGCUGCAGCUGCGGCAGCCGCUGCCGCCGCGGCCAGUGUGGGUCCGCCGUCGUGGGGCCCGCCCCAAGUCUACCGGCAGCCAUCACAGCCACCGCCAUCAUCGGCCUCGGCGGGUGGUAGUGGUGGCGGUGGUGGCAGUGGCAGUGCAGGUGGUGUCGCCACCCAGCCGCCCGCUGGGCCGCCGCAUCAUCAUCACAGCAGCCACAGUCAUCAUCAUCACCAUCAGGCGGGCACGCCGCUGGGCGGCUCACCGUCGUCGACAGCCGCCGCGGCCAUGUUGCAGACGGACAUUUACGCGCAGGGCGAUAUAUACCGCAGGCCCACCGUCUAUGUGUCCCAGGCAGCGCCCACUUACGCGUACUCGAAUCGAGCGGUGGUCGCCCCACCACCGGCCCACAACAGCUCCAGUCGACAGGUCAUACCAUCCCAUCCAUUGCCGGCUCACAUUCAAAUCCCGUCGCAGUAUAGCCAAUUCGGACCAUUGAGUCCUGCCCAGGUAGCCGCCAGCAAGCAUGCGGCGCACUUUGCGCCCACCAACAUAUGGUAUGGUGCUGAGUAGCUUCCUGAUGUAGGGUGCACGAGGGUUGACGCGAGGAUGCCAGAGGCCACCACUGACAACAACAAGAACUACAACAACUAGAACUACAACUACAACAAGCACACAGCUUCCUUUCCUAACUAAUCACACACAGAGCGUAGAACUUGUUUCUUGAUUGAUUGAUUGAUUGAUUGAUGCUCGAAUCUUUUAUGGCCUCGGCAGACGGCGACGACAACAACGAUAGCGACUACAACAACAACAGCAGUAACAACAACAACUUUGAUGAGCUGCAGGAAUUGCAGAAGCUGCAGCUGACGCAAUGCUGGUGGUUUAUGAUGCUCAUGCAACAGAGCAUCAUACAGUACAACAGCAGCAUGUUGCAAGAGACUGUGGAAAUUGCGGAAACAGCAGCAACAACAACAACAACAUCAACAA